CUGCCUCUGAAAGUUCCGUGACAAUAAAGCUGCUCUGGUUUCCUUUGGAGUCCGAUGGAAAUCUGCUGAAGGGCACCAAACAUUUCUGAAGUGGCUUGGAUUCAGUCGCUGUUUUCAGAGAGCCUGUCCCUGGACUGCUGUCUCUGCUAGGAUUCAAAGAAUCCAAAGUUUCUGGUGGAAAAUGCUGUAAGCUGCGGUUUCUCAGAGUUGUAGUAAGGUUUGUGUACUUUUGGCAAUUUCUGUGCCUGUUGGGUUAACGCUCAAACUUGGGCUUGUACCGCGAGGGGAAACCCAUUGUGGCAGGAGCCAGCAGUUUGUAGCGCUCCCCGGCAGUGUCUAUAGUCCCUGAUACAUACUCCCUGAGUUUUUACCCCGAUUAUUUAAAAAAACCAAUAACAUAUUUUUAGCGUCUGUGUAAGGUUUGUGGACGUUACAAUAUUACUACCGGAGUGCAGGUGGAUUUGAGGUUUUUCGGGGGAUUGUUAGUGGUGGGAGCGGGAAGGGCAGUUCGCGGUGCCCAGGCGCUGUGUGAGCGUGCGGCUGUUGCAUUCCCGCCCGACACGGGCUCUCAUUCGCCCUAAACGCCUCCCGUCCGUGCCGAAAGGGAACGGUGGUUCUCAUCAGGGUUAAACCUCUGCAGCUGCGUGGCUUUCCGUGGUGUCCGUAAGAGCAGGUGAAUGCCUGCCCUGCUUCUGAGUAGCGCUCGGGAAGGAGGUUCCCUCCGGGGGCAGGACGGGCCAGCCCUGGUGGGGACAUGGUGUCUGAAAAGCUUUGCCCCUGCCAGACCCGAGGCUGGAGCUGCCACAGAAAGUGAAAGAUGAAGCCUCUUGUUUUCUUGGUUCUUGUGAUCUGUACUGUAGUCAGCAUGAAUUUGAAGCUCGUGUCAAAAAGAAAUUCUGUUGAUGGUUGCAUUGACUGGUCAGUGGAUCUCAAGACAUACAUGGCUUUGGCAGGUGAACCAGUCCGAGUGAAAUGUGCCCUUUUCUACAGCUAUAUCAGAACUAAUUAUAGCAUGGCCCAAAGCACAGGUCUUAGGCUUAUGUGGUACAAAAACAAAGGAGAUUUAGAAGAACCCAUUAUAUUCUCCGAAGUUAGGAUGAGCAAGGAUGAAGAUUCCAUAUGGUUUCACUCGGUUGAGCUGCAAGACAGUGGUUUCUACACAUGUGUUCUAAGAAACUCAACGUAUUGCAUGAAGGUGUCCAUGUCCUUGACGGUAGCUGAGAAUGAAUCUGGGCUUUGCUACAACAGCAAGAUCAGAUACCUGGAAAAAUCAGAAGUCACUAAGAGAAAGACAAUCUCCUGUCCUGAUAUUGAGGAUUACAAAACAGCCAGUCAAGAGCCAGAUGUGGUGUGGUACAAGGAAUGUGAGCCAAAAAUGUGGAGAAGCGUUGUUAUUCAGAAGGGAAAUACUCUCUUAAUUCAAGAGGUCCAGGAAGAAGAUGGAGGAAAUUAUACCUGUGAACUAAAGUUUGAAGGCAAGCUUAUACGAAGGACGGUUGAAUUGAAGGUUACUGCUUUACUCACAGACAAACCUCCAAAGCCAUUGUUCCCCAUGGAGAACCAGCCAACUGUUAUAGAUGUCCAGCUGGGAAAUCCACUGACUGUGGCCUGCAAAGCUUUCUUUGGAUUCAGUGGAGAAUCAGGCCCCAUGAUCUACUGGAUGAAAGGGGAAAAAUUCAUAGAAGAAUUAGAAGGUCACAUUAGAGAAGGCGAAGUCAGACUCCUCAGAGAACAUCUUGGAGAAAAAGAAGUUGAGUUGACAUUGAUCUUUGAUGCUGUAGAGGAGGCAGACCUGGCUAACUACACGUGUCACGUGGAGAACAGGAAUGGACGGAAACACGCCAGCGUUCUUCUGCGCAAGAAAGAUUUGAUCUACAAAAUAGAACUUGCUGGAGGACUGGGAGCCAUCCUUCUUCUGCUUAUUUUGCUCGUGACCAUCUAUAAGUGCUACAACAUAGAGUUAAUGCUGUUCUACAGACAGAACUUUGGAGGAGAUGAAGCAGCUGAUGACAACAAAGAAUAUGAUGCUUAUCUUUCAUACACCAAAGUGGAUCCUGAUGCGUUAGAUCGUGAUAAUAAUGAAGAGGAGCAGUUUGCACUUGAGAUUCUGCCAGAUGUUCUAGAAAAGCACUAUGGAUAUAAGCUCUUCAUUCCAGAUAGGGACCUGAUCCCUAGUGGAACCUACAUUGAAGAUCUCACAAGAUGUGUUGAGCAAAGCAGAAGACUCAUUAUCGUGUUAACUCCAGACUAUGUUCUCAGGAGAGGAUGGAGUAUUUUUGAGAUGGAAAACAGACUCCAUAACAUGCUAGUCAGUGGAGAAAUCAAAGUUAUUUUGAUUGAGUGUACUGAAUUAAAAGGGAAGGUGAAUUAUCACGAAGUGGAAUCGUUAAAGCACACCAUCAAACUUCUCUCAGUGGUCAAGUGGAAAGGACCAAAAAGCAGCAAACUGAAUUCUAAGUUUUGGAAGCGCCUAGUCUUUGAAAUGCCAGGGAAGAAAAAGGAGGUGGUGUCUCGGCAUCAGGUCCUGGAUUCUGCGGAGCAGGGCCUCUUUGGAGACCUCCAGACUGUGCCCUCUCUCGCCGUCACGGGCACUUCUGCCACGCUGGUGGAGUCGCGGGCGGGUCUGGGCGAUUUCCAGCAGGCAGACUCUGUGCACACGCGGCACUACUGCCGCGGCUACGAGUACGGCGUGUCGGCGGCCACGCUGCCCAUGGCCUCCAUCAGCAACCACCACACGUACUGUAACAUCCCCCUGACGCUCCUCAACGGACAGCUACCUCUCAACAACGCCGUCAAGGACCCCCAGGAGUUCCACAGGAACAGCCCCUUGCUACCUUUGUCGGCCAAGGAGCUCAGCUUCACCAGUGAUAUCUGGUAGAACAUCAGGGCUCUUUGGAGAUGCUUCAUGGCCACCAUGAAGGGACGCCUGUAAAGAACUUACCCACAUGGGGUGAGAAAACCUACUCAAAGCAGCAGCACACUUGUUUGCUUUUCUACUUGAACUUUUUUGUUUACGUUUACAAAUUAUUGACGAAGGGGGCAUUCUUUUGUAACUCAGUAAUGUCCUUCCUGUCUUUUAAUGUACAGUUUUAUUGCUUCUUUAAAAAGGAGGGGGGAGAGAAAAACGCAUCCCGUCACUUCACGGUAGGUUUGCAAUCUGGGACGGAUAAAAGGUCGCUGUGUAUGAUCUCCAACAUCCAUACAUAUUUAAGUAACAGUAUUUGGAAUACACAGAAGUUGUUGGGUUUUUCAUAUAGACUACAGUACAGUUUGAAAUUCUAAUCAUGCUACAAAAAUUAGUAUCUCCUGCACAGACCACAAGGGGUGAACCAUCUUGAAAAGGAAGGAGAAGGAAACCUUCCUGGUAACAUUGUCUUGCAAAUAGUUCUUAGAAGAUGCCCAGCUGAAACAAUGCAGACAAAGCUUUAUCAAUAAAGUGCAUAGUAACAGUUACUACAAAAUAAAUCACCUGCUCCCAUCAGCAUCUCUUCAUUUUAUUAUUGAGGCAUGUUUUAUUCCUAGUCAAUGGUUAGCAAUGUGGUUUUAUUAAACAACUUACUGGAAUACUGGAAGAUGUUUAGGAGGAUUUUAAACAAUUUUUCUGUCAACUACAGAUUAUUUCACAAAUUUUGCAGAUUUUUAAUGACUUUUUCCAAACAGUUGAAGUAUAAAUUUAACUGUCUAUUGGCCAAUUCAUUAAUCUGAAAUUUCUUAAGAUCUAAGAUUUUUAGUAAAGUAAUUUUAUGUAGGAUUUUUUUUCCAAAACCAGUAGUUACAAUUUGAAAUUAACCUUUUUUUGUGAGAACAUAGCAAUAGAAAACUACAGCAAUAUUCAGAGAUUAAGUGCUGAAUUAUUCAGAUUUACUAGUAAGUCUGACUUCCAUUGCAGUGAUAAUCACCUGAAACAGUUUUAUCUCGUGUUUAUCUACCUGCCAAUUUCUGUACCUUUUAAAUAUGGCAGAAGCAGGAAUAUUUCUGCUCUCUGUGUAACUUGUGAAAAGUGAUAUUUUUAAGCAACUGGCAAGGUCUUGCAUUUCACACUUGUGUGAGUAAUCCAUCAGUCAAAUAGGAUCCUGUCAUUUAGCUCUCAUGAAUGGCAUUCCUGCGGCUGGUGGAUGAGAGUUGUUGCACAGGGUGCUCAGCAUCAGGGGUUGCUGCUCAGCGAGUACCAGGGUGUUUCAUGGACAUUUCCACACUCAGCUGGUAAGGGUUGCAGAGUCAGGCUAUGGAGACAGCUGUAUUAAAGGAAAAAGCUCUAACUAAUGAAGGCAAAAGCCAGUUUUGCAGGCUUUGGCAUGGCUCUAAUGAAAACACAGCAGACAUGAGAGUUUCGUCUCAAUAAGAUCUGCUGGAGCAAGUUCCCAAAAAUAUUUUUAAGGCAGGCAACCUUGCCUAUGCUUCAGUAUGUUUUAAACAUUUUUCUCUUUGAUUGCAUGAUUAAAAGUUAGCACUCUGCACUCAGCUGCCUGUGGUUUCAUCAGCAAACAAAUUCAGUAAAUCCUUGACAUUUUGCAGUGGUUCCUAAAUUGUACCCUACAGUCAAAUGGAAACAAACACUGACCUAAGACUUAAAAGUAUCCAGAAUUGGCCCAAAGGCCAUGAAAAUGAUCACAAAUGUGCAAUAAUUCAUAGAGGUCAGUAUUUUUCCAUUGCUUCUUUCCCCAGUUCUUUAUUCUGUGCCCUCCUUCACCAGUCAUUGUCUGUAAGAUUUUUCCUUAGAUUCAAAAUAAUACAUGUUUCUCUCAGUUUUUUCUAAUAUUAUUAUGCAUUUGACACUAACACGGAAAGUAGAAAUGUAGAAAAGAUAUUAAUUUAUUACACAGUAUAGAACUAUAACUUGCUCUUUUGUGAAGUUGAGUUCCAAACAUAGGUGUUUAAUAGACGUAUUUUUCUACUGAGAAAGAAAGCAAUUUUACCUCCAUUAUAAAUAUAUGUAUUUCAACUUCCUCCCAAAAAUUUACAAAAUUUGCACUGUUUUAUAAGUGUUACAGGCUGUGUUUACACUGGCUAUGUUCUUUAAUGCAAAGUGUAAUUAAAAAAAAAAGCAGAAAAAAUCCUAAAUGAAAACCCUGCAUGAAAAGAGCUGCGUAUGUUUAAAUGAAAAGCUGUACUUUUCAUUAUUUUCCUUCCCACAUUACUCUAGAAUCUGAUUAAUUCACAUAGAAUGUUCAGUGAGAUUUUAAACCUGCUAGUUCUGUAUUAAGCAUGCAAACUCAAAAAAAAAAAAAAAAAAAGAAAGAAAAGAAAAAACAUAUGCAGGUUGGUCUGCUUCUUUUAUUUACAAGGAUUUAAUAUUGGUAACAAAUUCAUUUACCCAAUGAUAAUAUGUAUCAGAGCAGUAGUUAUCCUAAAGCAAAAUGCAGUCAUGUUUGUAUUGAGGAAACAUGAAAAGAACAGGUUUUCAGUCCUUUUGCAAAAGCACACUGAGUGUCUGUGUAUCAAUGUCUUUAGUUAUAGAUGCCAAGUCACAAUCUGCUUUAAGAUUUCUGAGUGUAUGUUGAGUACUACGACAAUAUAGACAUGAAUCAGACCUGCCUGUACCCCUGUGCUUUUAGUGUGGGGUGGGGACCUGAGCUCGGGGCCUCUUGUUGACUCACUUUUGUGUAUUGCCAGUGAGGAAUCAUAGAAUUGUUUAGGCUGGGAAAGAUCUCUAAAAAGAUCGACUCCAGCUGUUAACCCAGCUCUGCCAAGCCCACCACUGACCAAGUCCCCAGGUGCCACAGCCACGUGGUUUUUGUAGACCCCUGGGGAUGGUGACUCCAGCACUUACCUGGGCAGUGCUUGAUGGCCCUUUCAGUGAAUAAUUUUUUCCUAAUCCAAUCUAAGCCUCCCGUGGCACAAUUUGAGGCCAUUUCUUUGUGUCCUGUUGCUUGUUACUUGAGGAAAGAGACUGAGCCACACCAGGCUAAACCCUCCUUUCAUGGAGCUGUAGAGAGAGAGAAGGUCCCCUCCAAGCCUCCUUUUCUCCAGGUUAAGCCCCCCAGCUCCCUCAGCUGUUCCUCAUCAGAUUUAUGCUCCAGACCUUUCCACAGCUCUGUGUCCUUCUCUAGACACACUCGAGUCCCUCUAUGACAUGCAAGAGGCCAAGUGUUUCCAUAAGUAGCACUUAAGAGUCUGGAAAAUCACUGUCAAACAGUGAAAUGCAUCCAUCCGUGGGACUUGGGUGGCACAGGAGCCAUGAGCUUGUCCCACUGUGGGAAUCACCUCCAUAGCAGCCCUCCCGUGUGGCAGCAGUGACAGCUGGGUCAGGCCUCAGUGGCAGAAAUGUCCCAAGUCAAUCAUGUGCAAUUCAUCAGCUGAAACAGAAGGGAACGUGGGCAUUUUGUGUUCCCCUGUCUCACCAAAGCCACAGUGGCUUUAUCAGCUGGAUUUAUCAGGGGAGAGGCCAGGACACCACCCUGACUGUGCAGCCCCACCACCCCCAGCUUGUCUGGCUGUGCCUUGCCCAGUGACAAAAGCCACCCGCAGCAAACAUCCUUACUGCAACCAUGGGGGCUUCUGGUUUGGGACACAUUCAUCUUAAAGAUGGUUUAUGAUAAUGUUUGGAAGCUACUGUUUUCACCUUUGUGUGUCAUGUACUUCAGAGGCAAUCGUGAUUUAAAGAGUGUCUAUAAAAUGAGCCAGAAGUUGGAAGCCUAUCCAGUGCUGCAGAGUUGAUGCUCCUAAAGAAUGUUGAGCAAGAAAACAGGGUGAUUGUAAAUUAGGUAACACAGUGAAUAUUGACAGUUCUUAGGGGCUGUGUGUUGGGCUGGUAUUUUAAUAAUAUUCCUUUUUCUAGACAGUAGGUGAGAAGCCUCUAUAAAGAUAUUGCCAUACUCUGCCACCAGGCCUGCUCCAAAACCCAUUCAAGCCAACAGAAGGAGUUCCAUGAAGUCCAGCAGAUUCUGGAUAAGGCCAUAACACCUUGUGCUUGCUGUGUACAGAGGAACACAAAAAAAGGAGAGAGAUGGAAGGCAAGAGACUAAGAAGCAUUUGCUUAUUUAUUCUGUCUGAAAUGAAGCUUAUUUUUGUCCCUGUUUGGUGUGGAUAUGCUCCAGGAUCAUCCAGCCUUGGGAAAGGAAUUUUGUUCAUUCUUUGUUAUAAACAAGAUAAGAACUGGGGAAUAAAUAACAGAUACUUUUACAGGGAAAAAAAUCUCCUUACUUUUAAGGGCCUCUGCUCUCACUAGUUCCUUUGAUUCAGCAGGCUCUCUCUGUUCAUCAAAAUGCAUAAGCACAUACUUAAAUUCCCCUUAAUUCAGGGAGAAAUGGUUUGCUGAGCAGGGUCUGGAAGAGCAGUUCAGUGCCAGAAAUCAGAGCAUUCAGCAGCCUUUAGAGCUGAGCCCUUCUGGAGAGCUCUGAGCGGUUCCCAGUGUGUGUCCGAGCAGAGGUGAGAGGAGCUGCCCGAUCUCACAGCCCUGCUCACAGCAGGGAAAGCCUCAGUGGCCCUCAGCCUGGCAGUGACACCACGGGGGAACUCCUCAUGGGUGGAGAACUGAGGUUUGCACUGGGUCCCAGUCGGGCAACUGGGAGCUCACGCCCUGGGAGGGCUUGGUUAGAGAUCCUGUCUGCAGGACACCUCCACAUCGUGCAGAGCUGCUGCCUCCUCUCUUGGGCACUCUCUGAGGUUCCUGUGGGCCUGCAGAGCUUCUGGGACUCAAAGAAAAUAAAAGUGGAGAAUGUGAAUAAGAGAGAGGAAGAGGAGAGCAGUCAGAGUCCAAGGGUUUUUCCAGGCAGGAACACGGAGUGAAAAAGGGAAUGGCAGCUCUUGUAUGAAUGCAUCAUGUUUGUCCACUCUUCAAAGGAUGCUGUGUGAAGUUCCCCAAAAAGAUGUCAUUUCUUGCCAGCCCACUUGCUUCAGAACCCUUGUCUUGAUAAUUUUAAAAUGAAAAUUUCAGGUUUUGUUUGGAUGGGAAUUUCUUGGUUUCAUCCACAGGGAAAAAAAAAAAAAAA